CAUGAACGACAUGUUCGCCAAGGAUGCCGAGGCUCUGGCUGCGGCGUCCGGGCCCAAGUUGGACAUUCCUAGCCUGCUGGCCGGGAGCGGCGGGGACGAUGGUAGGUCCUCCAUGGUCGGCCUUAUGAAAGCUUUCAAGGGGCUGUACGGAGACAAGCAGGAGGCUAAGGAUAGGAAGAGCACGUGGGGGGGAAUCCACAGAACCCAGAAACACGGAACGAGGAAGGGCAAGCGCAAGCAUUGCAGCAGGAAGAGGUCAAAGCAGGAACCGGAGUCUUCUGCUGCAUCCGCGGGCGGGGGGAAGAAGGCCGCGGGUGAGGAAAACGGAGAGCGCUUCGUCCGCGAAAGCGUUCUCCUGGGUGGGAAGGCGGGCGAAAAGACGAGUGUCGGCGAUGUGUCGGCAUCAGCAUCAUCGCAGGAAGGAGGGUCCUUGAACAGCACCGCGACGGCUUCGUCGGGCAAGCCCCAGAAGCGUGUGUUCGUGGUGAGCUUCCGUCCUGGACACUCCCCCGAGGCGACGAUGCAGAAAGAAAUGGACCUGCUAUCCGAGACGGUUUCAUUUCUGGUGGCACACGGGAACACCACUACUGACGAGGCGAGUGUAGUCGUUGUGCUCGAGUCGCCUGGCGGCGAAGUGACCGAGUUUGGGUUGGCGGCGGCAAGGCUGGCCCGUCUCAAGGACAGAGGUUUCCGUCUCACGGUCUGCGUGGAUAAGGUUGCUGCGAGCGGAGGGUACAUGAUGGCCUGCAUCGCCGACGAGCUUACCACGGCGCCCUUCGCGAUGCUCGGCUCGAUCGGCGUCGUCGGGGGUAUGGCGAACUUCAACAAGGCGCUCAAGAAGUACGGCGUCGACUACUUCCAAUUCACCUCCGGGCAACACAAGUCGCUGGUGGGACCAUUCCAGGAGGUGACGAAGGAGAACAAGGCCAUGCAGCAGAAGCAGAUGGACGCCAUCCAUACCGCCUUCAAGACGCACGUACACAGGUAUCGGCCUUCGGUGGACAUCGAGGCGGUGGGGACCGGGGAGAUCUGGCUCGGGCAAAGGGCGGUCGAGAUGCAUCUCGCUGAUAAGGUCACCACGGCCAUGGAGUACCUCCAGGGGAGAAUGUCCGACGCCCAGGUGUUCCUCGUGAAGCCCCACAAGAAGAAGAUGGCCGCAGGCUCGAGUCUACUCCGUGAGCUGCUUUUUGGCCCACUUGCCAUUUCGGGGAGAUUCGCAUCGAGCGUUGCUGUGCUUUCCACAGUCCUACGGCAGUUGCUUCGGCAGCAACAUCCCUGCCGCACAGCUAGAGGGGCGGGUCUUCUUCACCCAGAGGGCCCGCGCGGAUCCACUCAGCUGCCCGGCAACGGCGACGCUCUAGCCCGAGAGCUGCUAGCAGGUUCUACUCCUUCUGCCGCGAUCAUCUGGGGCGGCGCAGACGGGGUUGGUGGUGGGCAAAUGGGUAACGCCGUCCCAUUCGGCGGGACGAAAUUUACGCCGGCGACGGCGGCGGCGACGGGUUCUGGCGCGUUUUGGGAUUCCGGUGAUGCCGGUGACCAAAGAUGGGGCGCAGCAGCGUUGGCACAAGAUAGGGACGAUCGGGUGUUCUGAUUUUUCGGAAGGGGCACCGCGGAAGUGUGAUUGGAAGGUGGGGGGGGUUGUGAAUUUUGCGCAGACAGCCUCUUCCUCUGAGUUCGGGGAUGCCGGUGAUGGCGGUGAUCGAAGAUGGGGCACCGCGCGGGCAGACGCGACGGGAGGAAAGGACGGUCGCAUGUUCUGAUGGUCGGACGCGAGAUUGGGGGAGGGUGGGGCUUUGUGAGUUUCAGAAAUCAGGUUCUUCGUGAUUUUGGGGUGUCAGGGCAUUAUCGAAAUAUGGUCCCGCGGCAGCAUCGCCAAGGGUGACGACUUGUUCUGGUGGUCGUAGAUCGACCUAUUUUGUCGGGGCACAGCUUCAGAUGGUGGUGGGAGGGGGGAUAUGAUCCGUGAGGGAUUCUUUUGUAUCGACCGCACGGCAGCCGAAGCAAUUACGGUUCGUGAUUUUGCACGUGACGCGUUCCAACCCUGCCGACAAUGAUUGGUGCAAUACCGAGCAACGCCAAUGAUGGCAGGGGCGCAAAUUGAUGUGUGGGUGAUGUCUUUUGAGAAUAUUGAGUAUGAGCCUCCCACGCCAAGCUUUGAGAUGAGAAUGAAAGGUAAGCCACCAAGGUGCGCGGGGGAUGGGGGUGCACGUCCACCCGUCGGAAGACCAUGAAACAAGUUUGCUAGAAAGAGACUGUGUUCCACGCGCACACCGCUACAGCUUCAAACCCAUUUUGACUAGAACGGGGCCGUGUUGUUUCAUGCCCCCACCGCGUGGAAAAUAUGCUACACGGUGCACACCACAGCAGCGGGAAACGAUAGUCACUGUGUGGCAUGUCGGUAGGAAACCGACCAAAUUGAUUGUUGGUGUAGGAGCGUCAAGAGGCCUCCGCGGUCGUUGUGAAACGUAGUUCGCCUAAAGCUGGGGUAGGUGUGAAGACAUGGGAGUGCAUUGUAAAGCAUGGGAUCGUUUGGUUCAUCCCCGAUCAGG